AUGGUGCCGGACCGCCGGACGGCGGUCUUCAUGGUCGUCGGCGAGCGGGACGUGCCGCUGUUCGAGGCGGACUUUAGCAAGGGGGCGCGGCAGGAGGAAGGGAGGCAGUACCUGCACUCCUUCGUGCUGCACGCGUCCCUCGACAUCAUCGACCAGGCGGUGUGGAAGUCGCCGACGGGGCAGCUCAAGAGGGUCGACCGGUUCAACGACCUGACGGUCACCGCGCACGUCAUGGCAGACCUGAACGUCCGGCUGCUGCUCCUGCACGACUUCCGCGGCAACGACGACGGCGUGCGGCAGUUCCUGACCCAGGCCCAGGAGCUGUACCUCAAGGCCUCCCUCAGCCCCUUCCACAACGCCGGACAGCCCAUCACCAGCGACGCGUUCCGAGCCCGGAUCACGUCGCUGGCCGCGAGGUACAUGCCCUAG